UAAUUAAUUUUAGUUUAAUAACAAAGUACUAGCAUGGUAUAAUAAACGACAUGAAUGAAAACCAGCGUCACAUUCUAAUAUCAAACAGAAAAAAUAUUUCUCAAGAUUUAAUGGUUGAGGAUGUACUUUCAUAUUUACAAAGCAAAUUUGCCAUAAAUAUUGAUGAUGUUGAUGUUAUUAAACUGCAACUGACAUCAAGAGAAAAAGUGGAAAAAUUGAUUUCUAUUUUAUUGUUAAAACAAAGCAAUUAUUUUGGUGUGUUCUACAGUGCAUUAAAGUAUGCAGAAUAUGAUCACUUAGCAGAACUACUUGUGAAUGGUUUAACUUCAGUUAUUGAUCAUCAUGAUGGUGGUGACGAGGAAUUGGCUAGUUAUGAUGUUAUUCUUAAAAAUGGAGGAGUUCCAAGUUUACCUCAGGUAUUUGUCAAACGAAAUGAUUGCAUUCAAAAAGUCAAUAAUGCAUUGUGCAACUUAAAAAGUGAAGGAUGGGUUGUACUUCAUGGUAUGGCAGGUUGUGGCAAAACUGUUCUUGCAAUCAGUGCGUUAAACAAUGAACGAAUGAUCCAUUCGUGUUUUCCUGGCGGAGUGUUUUGGAUUAAUUUAGGGCAAAUUAAUGAAACUCGAUUGUUGAUGAAAAUGCAGAAUCUCUGUUUACUGUUAGAUUUAGUACAUAGCAAUCAACGCAUUCCUCAAAAUUUAGAAGAAGCUAGAGACAGAUUAAGAAUUUUAUUUUCUCAUCAACACCCAAGAUCGCUGCUUGUUAUUGAUGAUUUAUGGUCAUCUUCUCAUGCUAAAUAUUUUAAUAUACAUGUUCGAACACUAGUCACAACACGGUACUCUGCAGUUGCUGACCAAUUGUUAGAAGAUAUUUAUAAAGUUCCUGUUAUGGAACAAUUACAUUUGGGGCAAAGUCGACAGAUUUUAUCGCAGUGGGUGAAUAUUAGCAUACCAGAUCUCCCAAAAGAAGCAGAUCUAAUUAUUGAAGAAUGUAAGGGCUCGCCACUAGCUCUUUCAAUGAUUGGAGCUUUAUUGAAAAUCCAUAAAAACAGGUGGAAUUAUUAUCUUACACAGUUAAGAGAGCAAAAAACUAGUAAAGUCAGAAGCAAAGUAGCUUAUGAGUAUCCUUCCUUAUAUGAUGCAAUUGCUGUUAGUUUUAAUGAUUUAGAGGAAGUUAUAAAAAAACAUUAUGAAAGUAUGGUUGUAUUUGAGGAGAAUUCUUUGAUUCCAAGUAAAACAUUAGAAAUCUACUGGGAAUUGGAUGAAGUUGAAACUGAAGACAUCAUGCACGAGUUGAUUGAACACUCUUUAGCUACCAAAACUAUGUUAAAUGGUGAUAACUUUUAUUCAUUGCAUGGUUUAAAUUCCGGUUUUUUAAAAGAAAGAGCAAAAGAUUUGCACUUGUAUCAUUCAACUAUUGUUAAUAAGUAUAAACCAUCCUCAAGAUAUUACUGACACUGUUUUGCUUACAUCCAAACUGCAUGGUGAUGCUGUAAAUUAUUGCAGUCUUUCCCACAAUACUACCUUAGCUGUUUCUUGUAGCAGAGAUGGAAUGGUAAAGGUUUGGGACUAUGUAACUGGGGCAGAAAAGAUUAGUUUUAGUGGCCAUGACAACGAGGUCAAGUGGUGUGAAUUUUCAUUUGAUGAUGAAAAUAUUAUUUCGUGCUCAACUGAUAAAACCAUAAAGGUAUGGAAUAUGAGAAGCAGUGAAGAAGAAAUUUGCUUACGUGGACACACUGAUGAAGUUUUAUGCUGCAGAUAUUCAAAAAAUAAAAAAUGGAUAGCAAGCACAUCCAUGGACAAAAGUCUUAAAAUCUGGGAAGGAAUAUCAGGAAAGCUAUAUAUUUCUUUUAAUGACCAUACAGAUGUUGUCAACUGCUGCAGUUUUUCAAAUUGCAGUAAUUUAGUUGUAUCAUGCUCUAAUGAUUGUACAACGCGGGUAUGGAAUAUUAAAGAAAAAAAUAUGACUCUGGUUUGUUCAAGUGGUGAUUUUUGCACCUCUUGCAUCUUUUCAUUAGAUGAUCAGUUCAUUUUUACAUCAUGUCAGCGUUUUGUACUGAAGUGUUCUUCUAAAGAUGGAGAUUUAUUAGAGAAAAUUGAAACUGCUAGUGAUAUUUUAUCUAUGGCUCUAUCUUACAAUGGCAAACAUAUGGGCUUAUCUCAUCAAAAUAUGUGUGCCUCGGUGAUGGAUUUAUCAAAAAGUGAGGUUGUCAAUAAUUAUUAUGGCCAUAGCAGCUGGGUUAACAGCAUAAAUUUUUCUAGAGAUGGAAGUCGUAUUAUAACAGCAUCUGCUGAUGGUGCAUGCAAGGUUUGGUCAGUAAAAGAUAAUAUGGAUGUAGAGGAGAAGUUAAUUCCGGUGUUUGAUGUCUCAUUUGAAUCUGGUUUUUAUAUUGUUGUUGGUACUAAUCAAAAAAGAAUAAAGUUAUUUUCAAAAGAAGUUUUAUUGCAUUCCAGUUUACCAUUUCUAAGUGAGGCAUCUGUUUGUAAGUUUGCAAAUAAGUAUAUAGCAAUUGGCUUUCAAAAUGGUGACAUCAAGAUUUUAAACUGGGAAGAUCUUUCUGAAAAGUUUGAUUUCAGGCUUCAUUCAUUAAAAGUGUCAUGUAUGUCUUCUUCUAAUGAUAAACUAGUAGUUGGCUCUGAAGAUCAUUGCUGCUCUGUUUGGAAUUUGGAAAAUGGUUGUUUAGUCACUCAGUUUAAAGGUCAUGAAAAUUUUGUGACAAAAUGUGCUUUUUUGAAUGAAUCUGCUAGAGUUGUAUCAUCUUCCUUUGAUGGCAAACUGAAGAUUUGGUGUUCUCAAACUGGAUCAGUUUUUUCAACUUUACAUGAGGACAAAGAUGCUGUGAUGUCAUUUUUUGUUUCUGAAGAAAAGAAUCUCCUUUGCCUUUGUUCUGCAAAUGGUUCAUUUAAAGUAUGGUCAAUUUCAGACUGCGUUUUAAAACUAACAAUUAAUGAUCAUAAGGAUGUUAUUCGGUGUAUUGAAUGCUCUAAUGAUGGAACCAUGAUUGCAUCUGGAUCUGAUGAUGGAUCAGUGAAGAUAUGGAAUAUUUCUACUGGAAAAUUAUGUUGUGAAUGUACUCCACAUGAUUCCUGGGUUACAGAUCUCAAAUUUUGCAAUCAUAAUGACUUAAUCAUGACAGUUAGCAACAAUUUAAAGUUGUUCAAUGUGAAAGGAGUGAAAUUGCAAACAUUGAAUGUUAAAGGAAACUUUUUACAGUAUUUCAAAGCAACGCCAGAUCUUUGCUGUUGCGUCACUAUUGACAACUUAGGAUUUCUCUAUAUUAUGCAACGAUUAGAGAAGAGUUGAUAUUUGAACAUUGUCAUAAUCAAUCAUUUCUCACCUUGGAUUUCAACCCCCCCUCCUUCCUUCCCAAUCUAAUGGAGCAGUUUCUUCAGGCAUUCCUUCCUGUUGUAAAUUUUUAAUAGUGUAUUUAUGUCAAUUUCAGUGUUAUACGCGUUUUGUAAAAUACUCAGAGGGUAUUUUCAAGCUGCUCUGCUAGUACUUUGUACGACCUUUUAGAUUAAUUAGUCAUUCUGUUCUAAUUUUAUUAAAUGAUAUUUAGUUUAAGAUUUAAAUUUUAUUUGCGCAUAAAAAUUUAGUAUAAAACAAACUAUUCUUUUUUUCCUUUAAUAUAUGUACUUUCUUUAAUAAUAUGUAGAGUGUUCUUUUCUUGUAAUAUUUUUAAUUAAAAAAAUU